AUGUCGGUUAAUUCUGGGGUUUGCUUUAGUUGUGGCCAACAGGGCUACAGGGAUAAAGAAUGUUUGAAUCGGGGAGCAGGCACCGGUAGUGGCAGAGGGUUACAGCAGAGGCCGCCACGGUCGGCUACAACUCAGUCAGAUUUUAGACCACCGCCACCACCACAGCCUGCUAUAUCUUCUCAGGGUUCACUGCCAGCUAAGAGAGAUACUCCUACUAUGUCAAUGCAGCAGUUAGUUGGGAUUUCAGUGUCUUUGAGCAGAGUUUUGAGGGAUUGUUCCAUCGUGAUAGCUGUACGGAAUUUUAUGUUUGAUCUAUUCCUCUUUGAGAUGACUGGCUUUGAUGUCAUUCACGGGAUGGAUUGGUUUGCUUCAUUUCAUGCCACAAUUGAUUGUUUCGGAGGAAGAGUCACAGUUUGCACUCCCGAGGGGGAUUGUUUCUUUUACGUGGGAGAUCGGAGUGAUUCCCAUACUCUAUCAUUGUACAAGAUUCGUAGACGAGGUCGUGGUAACUACUUCUUGGCUAGUCUUUUAGCCGAAGAAGAUGGUGUUGCAGAAGGGGUUUAUUCGGCAGUUGAUGGUAAAGUUGUGGCUUAUAGGUCUCAACAGUUGAAGACUCAUGAGUACAUGCAACUAUCCUACUCAUGA